AUGGCGCGUCACGCCUUUCAGCCCGCAUCUGGCCUGGUGCCUCGCGCACUUGCAAUCCCGCUCGACCGCUCUAUUCUCCUGACCUCCCUGGAUCACCCCUCGCACGUCAAGCGAAGCCCUGCCGCGACCGCUUCGAGUUCUGCAGCAGCAACGACAUCUUGCGGGCCAAAUGAUACCACCGGCAUCUGUACUCGACCUGUUAGUAGCACAACUACUAUGACGUUGCCUAUCGUACUGGGUGCGGCGAUUCCUAUAACCUGUGCUAUCAUCGCUUUCUUCUUUCUGCAUCGACGACAUGUCAAGAAGUUGCGGCUUGAGGACGCGAAUGACAAGCAUAAGAGUCUCGAUUUUGGCCUAGACUUCGUCCCCUCUGGAAGCAACAACAAUAAACGGGGCAACGGGGGCAACGGCGGACUUAUGGGCGAGAAGUCUACUCGUCAGCGUGCACAUGGCGUCUCGCUGGACCUGACUAUGGGCAAUCCGUACCUUCUACCGCCAGUCUCCAUGGGAUCUCAUGAAUCCAUCCACUCCUUAUCCAAGUCGUUGCACGGAGGUGAUGACAAGUAUCGUCAUGCAGCCGCUUUUCCAUCCAGUGAGAACCGGUUCCGUCACUCCGUUCUCCAGCCAACAAACCCUUUGGCAUCCGAACCUCGCAGCCCGCUUUCCCCCCCGGGCCGAAACGAGCUUACUAAACUCAAGCAGCAGCUUGACAAAGAGCAAUCAGUGCUGAGAAAAAGUAACAAUUACCUUGGUGCCCUGAUUCAGCGAGGUGACGCACCGUCUCCGGAACAGGAGCCUAAAAGCACACCUCCACCCCCGGCACCGAUUACUCGGGAUGAAUCGAGUAGCGAAGAAAAGGUUAUAAUUGAUCCUCCAAAAGCCCAUGAUCCUGCGGGUAAAUCAGAUCUUAAUAAUGCGAGUGCUUCGCCCCGAAUUUCGCUUCCGCUUGAUGACGACAAGAGUGAUUAUGGAGACGCCUCGAGACAACCGAAAGAGCCUGUCCCUCAGCUGAACAUAGAGGAUUCCGAAACGCCACCACCAAAUGGUGGGGAUAAACCUCCUAGCCCGUCGCAUGAUAUCUACGAUGAUUACUAUGACGCAGGUUAUCAGGUUGACACACGCCGGUUAACGGUGGGAGUGCGUCCUCUGCCUCCAGAGGAUCCGUCAGAUAACCCGGAACAACGAGCAAACCGCAUUCGAUCGUUCUACAAGGAGUAUUUUGAUGAGACUAAACCUCAAGAAGACUAUUAUGAAGACUACGUUCCUGAGACGACUGGCUAUGGCGCAUACGAUCCCUAUGGGGAUCAGGGAUACUACCAGCGCCCUCCUCCCUUUAUGCAACCUGAAGGACGACGGGCGAUGACCCCACCACCGAGAAUGCCACAAAUACCCGCACAGUAUCGCCGGCCUGGUCCUGGUUAUGGCCCUCCAAGCAAUGGAAGCCGUUCUGGGACACCUUCCUUUUCCAGUGGACCGCGCGCUUUCUCGUCAGCGUCCAACCGCAUGCCCGUCAGAGGACCCAGGAAGCCUCAGCCACCACCGUCUCCGCUGCACGUUCUGCCUACUCCCCACAAACUUAAGGACGAUUCAAUCACACCGAUUGAGUUUGCGCCUGGCACCACCUCUCGUGAGCGUAGAGCAGGGCGCCCGGAAACACCACAUGGUGGUCUCAAGCCGUAUAUGCUCACGGUGCCGGCUCAUGUCCCGCUCGCAUCGUCGUAUGACGAUCUUGCUAUUCUGCCCAGCCCACAUGCACUGAGGAAAUCUGGGGCGUUUACCGCUCUAGAUUUUGUUCCUCCAUCGCGGUUCAAGAACAGCGAUUUUUCCAGCGACGCUGGUAGCAUUCGCAGCAACAGAACCGGCAUCUCGGCGGCCCAAGCAUACAGCAUUCGCACGGGCGCCUACCGUCUCAGCCGUCUCCCACCCCAGACUGUCGGCACCAAGGACGAUAUCAUUUCCAAUCUCAAGCCCACUUGGGACAUGAAAACUUAG